UGAAGCAACUACGGACGACAGGGAUAAAACGGGUCCAAGUCACAAGAGUGGAAAUGCGCUUGCAAUGACGGACGGCGCAAGGGAAAGGGAGAGGUAAAGCAGGGGAAAGUUAUCUAGCUCGUUAGUAGGGCUCCCGUUGCUGAAAAAGGAAACAAAAUCAAAGACAGAACACAUGUGCCAAGCGUGCGUAAUCUUAUAGACCAAACAUUUGGGGGGAAACUAUUUUCUUUUUCAAAAGAGAAGACUUGAGUGAGACCGGGAGAAAAUCAUGGAGCCGGAGGGGACCACAGAGGGACAAGCUGCUAAUUUGGCACAGUCUGCCGCCUUGAAACUGUCCCAGAUGAGCGAAAGAACUAAACAAUUGGGGACUGCCAUCCAAGACCCGGAUCGGCAGAGACGGAUUAUUUUAGUAAUAGUCUGUAUAGCACUUUUAUUAGACAACAUGCUUUACAUGGUCAUUGUGCCAAUUAUACCCGAUUACCUUGAAGAGCUACAGGGUCGUGCCCAGAGCGCUGUAGUGCACACUAACUCCACAAACAGCACUAUUAGUAAAACACCCAAGGUGAACAUCGACCUACAGAUAGGUGUUCUUUUUGCUUCCAAGGCUAUCCUUCAGCUUCUGAUUAACCCGCUAAGUGGCACGUUUAUAGACAGGGUCGGGUAUGACAUUCCACUUUUCAUCGGACUAAGUGUCAUGUUUCUCUCCACUCUUAUAUUUGCCUUUGCUGAAAACUACGCGACUCUGUUCCUUGCGCGCAGCAUGCAGGGCCUCGGCUCGGCUUUCGCGGAUACUUCAGGAAUUGCCAUGAUCGCAGAUAAAUACACAGAGGAGGCAGAGAGAAGCAGAGCUCUGGGUAUUGCCUUAGCUUUCAUCUCCUUUGGGAGUCUUGUUGCGCCCCCCUUUGGAGGGGUCCUCUACGAGUUCGCAGGAAAGCGGGUGCCCUUCCUGGUCCUGGCCUGUAUCUGUCUUGCUGACGCUGUGUUGUGCCUAACCGUGCUGAAGCCCUUCUCCAACCGAGAGAGAGAAAACAUGCCCGUGGGCACCCCCAUAUAUAAACUGAUGAUUGACCCUUACAUAGCUGUGGUGGCGGGCGCUCUUACAACCUGUAACAUCCCCCUUGCCUUCCUGGAGCCCACUAUCGCCAACUGGAUGGAGGAAACCAUGCAGGCCAGCCAGUGGGAGAUCGGCAUGACAUGGUUGCCUGCUUUCUUCCCGCAUGUCCUGGGCGUUUAUGUCACCGUCAAAUUAGCUGCCAAGUAUCCGCAUCUUCAGUGGUUUUACGGGGCUAUAGGUAUGGUGUUCAUAGGUGCCAGCUCAUGUACAGUGCCAGCCUGUAAAAACUUUGGGGAGCUGAUGAUCCCGCUGUGCGGAAUCUGUUUUGGCAUCGCCUUGGUGGACACGGCGCUCCUGCCCACGCUGGGUUUCCUGGUGGACGUGCGACAUGUGUCGGUGUAUGGCAGUGUGUACGCAAUAGCAGACAUCUCUUACUGCGUGGCCUAUGCCCUGGGGCCCGUGGUGGCGGGACAAAUAGUGCACGAUCUGGGCUUUGUUCAACUUAACUUAGGCAUGGGCCUCGCCAAUGUACUUUACGCACCGGCGCUCCUUCUGCUAAAGAACGUGUCACAGCUGAAACCGUCUUUCUCCGAGCGAAAUAUGCUCCUGGAGGACGGUACCACGGGACUGUAUGAUACAAUUAAAAUGGAGGAGCGAGAGAAGAAGAGGAAGGGGUUGUGUACAACAAUUGACGAGAACGGCAUUGACACAUUUGCGCAGAGGUCCUACUCAGAGGAAGAAUCCUCAGGAGGAGAGUAUGCGUAAAAGCCCUUGAACUGAACAUUCAAGUAUCAAAGUGCCCACACAGAGAUACCCCAAUGUUACACCGACCGAUCCAACCACUUACAUAAUCUGAUUUUUGUAACGAGAUGACUUAACAUCAGUUUACUGCUUCUGGAGAUAAUUCCUCUGGACAUUGUCGUAUCAAAGUAGCAUAAAGCAUUUGCAGUAGAAAGGCGCUCGCUGGCGUUUAUUCAUGUUAGAGUGAGAGUAUAGUGAAAGAUUUGUUGAGAUAAAUGUCUAUUCGUUAUCGGUAUUAAUCAUUGUAUCAAAACUGGAUUCCAUAUCAUAUUCAGGGAUUAUGUGUAAUGUAUUUUAUCAAAAUGAGCAAACGAAAUGUAAACGUCCUUCAGUAUAAUCUGUAUUCAUUUUGCCAGAGAUGUGCUGCUAAAAUCAAUAUGCAAUAUGUCACAAGACACUUUUAGGGAGAUACAAUAGAUGGAAAUUAAUUUGAACUGAAACUUGUGUCUUGUUGUCUGUACACCUAUAUUCUAUUUAUUUUGGAUGAUGUUCUUCUGGAAUGCAUAGCCUAAUUGUAUUAUAUGA